AUGAAUCCUUACUACUAAUUUUAAUAAUAUGAGUUUGAAUUUCAUGAUUUAGAAUUUAGUAACAACGAUUGCUUUAUUUAUGGAAUUUGGUCAAAAUAUAAUCCAUUAAGCAUUAUCUCCUAGGUUGGUAAUAUAGGUUUAUUUGAAAGCACUUGUUUUCAUUUACACAAUAUUAUUGACAAAUCUUCACAAAGUUUAAAUCUUAUAUACUAUGAUUGCAUCGAUUAUAAUUCUUAAAUAAUAAAGAAAACACUCAAAUUUGUAAAUGAGGAUAAUAUACUCUAUUAAUUUGAAAUUACCAUUGAACCUUUGCAAUACGAAAAUAUUUGGUAUUAUUUAUAAAUCAUAGAAUUUCCUGCAUAAUUAAAAUUUGAAUUUCUUAUAUUUUCAGAAGGAAUGAUUAGAAUUUAAGAAAUAAAGCAAAUGCAACGACCAUUUGUUGAUACAAAUGUAAUACUAAGAUUUGGAGGAGAUUUUUUUGUAACAAAUUCAAAAAUAUCAUUUGUAAAUAUAGAAACAAAGUUUUCUUAUUUUCCAGGAUUUAUUAUGAUAUAAAAGUUAUCGAAAUAAACUUUAAAAUUUGAUAUCGAUUUAAUAAAAAUUGCUCAAAGUACUAUUGAAAGUUAUGGAUAAUGUUUUUGUUAUAGAAAUAGCAAUUUUUAAAUAGAUAAUUCCUAAUUAGUUUGGUUAGAUAAAAAAAUAUAUAUUUCAAAAAAUACAAAUUGUGAUUCUUUCAUAUUAUCAGGAUGGUUGAAUAUAAAAAAUAUUAUAUCAAUUACGGAUGAAUUUAUCUAUAAAUUCAUUUCGUUAUCAGCAAAUUUUGAAAAUUCUUUUUCUAAUAAGAACUUAUCUCCUUUUUAAAUGAGUUAUUAAAUAUCGCCAGAAGGGAAUAAAAUAUUAUUGACAACUUAUACGUAUAAUUUUCCAAUAGUUUCCAUAAAUUUUUAAGAUGACCCCUUUUUAUUAAGUAAAGAGUUUAUUAUUAUAAAUUCAUUAACACUUUGGCAUAAUAUUUUUGUUAAUUUAUAAGAGAAUUUAUUGAAAGUUUUUAUUAAAUUUUAUGAAGGAGAUAUGGUUUAUGAGUAUAAUGUUUAAUUUAAUGUAAUAUAAUUUCAUUGUAUUCAAUUUAAAUUACAAUAUGGAAAUAUUGUUUAAUCUACAAAUGAUUAUUUAAAUAUAGAGGUCCAAAAUUUAGUAUUUUUAAAUUGUAACGAAUAAUUUUAAUACUAAAAUUGUCACUUUAGUUGCAAAGAUUGUGAUGGUCCUACAAUGUACAAUUGUUUGUCAUGUGAAUCAUAACGAAUUUUUAUACCUGAAUAAAAAGUUUGUGUAUGUCCAUACAAUUCUGUUGAUGAAUAAACUUGUUAAACUUAUUUAGAUUCAGAUUUUAGGUUGAUUGAGGGAGAUUAAUAAUAACUUAAUCUAUGUUAAUAUGGCUAUUUUGAAUAUUAGGGGGAUUGCUUCAAAUGGUAAAAAGUUAUUAAUAUUAGAGUCCUUCAAUAAUGAGAGAAAAUGUACUAAAUUGUUUAGAAUGUUUAAAUAAUCCAAAGGAAUGGUAAAAAAAACCGUUUUGCAUGAAUGAUCUUUACUUUGAUAAUGAUGGUGGUACUCAAUAAGAAAUCUAUUAACCUACUCCAUACUUUUUUCUUGAUGGAACAGAAGUAACUUUAUGUAUAUUCUGUUAACAUACUACUUUUACUAGUUUAGAGGAUCAGUAUUUAGAUUUUCUUUAUAAAAAUUUAAAUUUUAAAUCUUUUUGUCAACCUUUUGAUAAUAACUAUUAUUUUUAAUGUUAUGAAUGUUAACUUCCAUUUUGUAAUAUUUGCUAUUUAUCAAUUCAAGGUCAUUAAUGUCUUAAAUGCAUUUAUAGCAAAGUAUUGAUUAAUGGUUAAUGUAUUGACUUAAAUGAAAUUGAUUAAUAUUUAAUUUGUAGAUCACCUUCUUAUAUAACUUUGAAAAAGAAAUGCUAAUUAUGUCCAAUUAGUAAUUGCAAAUAUUGUUUUGAAUACCAAACUAAUGAUCUUACUAAAAGUACAUUAUAUAAAAAUUUUGAAAAAUUUGAUGAAGGAGAGGAAUAUAAAAUAGGAUGUGCUCUAUGUGAUGAGAAUUUCAUCUUUAAUUUUAAUACUGGAAGAUGUAUAUAUCGGAAAUCCAAAAUUACAAAUUGUUUAAGAUCAUUCAUCAAUUUAGAUAAUAAUGAAGUUUGUACAUUAUCUCAAAUUGAUAAUUUCACUAUAGCUCCUGAGAUAGCAAACUGUUAAAAAUAUUUAUUUAAUUGUUUAUAAUGCUUAUUGUCUCCUGAAUCAACACUUAAAUGUAUUAUUUGUUAGGAAGGAUAUACAAGUUCAAUCAUUAAUGGAGAUUGUUAUAAAAAUGAAUUCAAAGAUUCAAAAAUAGUAAUAGAGGGUGAUCUAUUUUUAAGAGAUGGUUGGGUACAAAGAAUUCAAAGUUUUAUGAUGUAAUUUUUACCAAAUAAAUAUUAUUAUCCUAAAACAGAUUAAAACUAUUAUAUAAGAGAAAUGAUUGUUGAAUGUCACUAAGGUUAUAGAGAUGUUGGAUCAUCUAUAUGUGAAAAAUAUUGUGAUUCUUCAUGUAUAUAAUGUAAAACAAAUUAGGAUGGCCCUUAUUGUGCAAAAUGUCCUUUAAAUUAUUAUUAGUAACCCAUAAGAGAUUAAUAAAAGGGAUAAUGUUCUGAAUGUUCACAAUUAUGCCAAAUAUGUUAAAGUAGAACAUAAGAGGAAAUUUAUGUAUUAUAUAAUUCUUAUAAAUUUAGAAUAUAUAGCCUAGUUAUGUAUUUGAUGGAACCAAUUAAUUAUUUACAAAAAAAUGUUUAAGACCAAUCAAAAAUCCAAAUAUCCUAUAUGAUCCUUAUCUGCAAAUUACAAAAUAUUGUUUUGAAUCAAAUUGUUUAAAUUAAAUUUAUUAUGAAGUUAAAUUUACUUAUUGUGGAGGUGCAAUGGUAUUUUGGCCAUUUGGCUUUGAUUAUGGUAUUAAUAUCAACUAUUGCAAUUAAAUGGGUAUUGAUACAAUGACUAUUAUUUUUUAAUUUUAAAUUGAUAGUGAAUAAUGUGGACUAAGAUUUAGACUUGCUCCAUCAAAUUUAUUAAAAUCAAAGAUAUUUUCACUAAGAAAUAUAUAUUUUAAAUUGAUGUCUGUUUAACGAUUAAUUAUCUACUUUUUCCACUCAAUUGAAAUUAGUAAUUUUGAUAAGAUAGAGUUGAAUCAUGUGACCUUUAGAUUUGAUGAAUCUUAGAUGUUCAUCAUUUAAAAUAAUAAUAGUUAAGUAGAUAUUAAAUUGAUUGAUUUUUCUUUAGAAUUGUGUAAUCUUUAAAAUAUAUAAUCCUUAUUUCACAAUUAAAUAUUUGGAAAUGUUGAAGCUUAAAAUUUUUAAUUGUUAGAUUCAAACAUUUUUAAUUCAUCUCUUAUAAAUUUAUAAGCUUUUAAAUAAAAUGGCUUAAUUAUAAUUAAAACACUAUUUAUAUUAAGAUGUGUAUUUAAAGAUGCUAAUCUGCUUUAAUUUGGAAAUAGCAAUUUCAAUAUUUAAAUAUCAAAUUUAAUUAUAGAAUAAUGUGAAUUUUAUAAUUCUACACUUUUAAUGUUCUAUGAUAAUCUUAGGGAUUUAACAUUUCUUACUAUUCAUAAUUUAACAAUUCAGAAUAGUUUAUUUAAUCAAUCAUCUUUAAUAAAAAAUGCUCAUUUAGUGUAAUUAAAUAUAAUAAAUCUUUAAAUUAUCAAAAACAAUUUAUAUUAUAGUAAUAUAAUAUCAUUUAACUACUAUCUAAAUUUAAAUAUUUCCUUGAUAAAGUUAAAUUAUUUUCAAGAAUCUUAAGUAUUAAAAUGGGUUUAGACUGUUAGUGAAUAAUAGGUUAACAUCAAAAUAAAUGAUGUUUUUAUAAUUUAUAAUUCAUUUAAGGAUUCUUGUUUAUUUUUAUUAUACUCAAAUUAAUUAAAUAACAUUUAUUUAGAUAUAUCAAACAUCCAUUUAGAAGAGAAUUAUAUUUUAAGUAACAUAGAUAAUGAAAUUGCUCUUUUUAUUGUAUAGUGCCAUUUGUUAAAUAUUAAAGAUGCAAAAUUCAUAAAUAAUAAUGACCUAUCAAUUUUUUAAAUUUAUUCAACAUUUUCUAUUUAAAUCUAAAAUAUUCUAUAUGAAAAUAAUAUACAAACCUUUAAAGUUCCAUUAUCUCUUAAUUGCAAUAAUUUAAUGAACUGGAAAAAUCAGUUAAUUGGAAUCAUAGGAUUCUUUGAUAUAUAGAUUGUUAAUAUUUAAGUUAUGAAAUAAUUUAAUGUUGAUUCAUCCUUUAUUUUCAUAAGUUCUAGUCAAGAAUUUUAGGAAUAAAAAAUCGGAAUAAUUUUAAUUUAAAAUCUUAUUUUUAAAGAGAAUCUUUAGAUUUCAAAAUAAUAAGUUAAUUUGAUGUCAUUAUUAACAAUUGAUGCUGAAAAUGAAUUAAGAAUACAUAUUAUUAAUGUUCACUUUAUCGAAAAUUUUGUACAUUCUUAUGUAGAUAGCACUUUAAAAUAUGCUGCUAGUUUAAUGCUUAUAAAUACUUAAACGAGCUCUUUAACAAUUACAAAUAUGUAAAGUAAGAAUAAUGGUUUUACAAAUUCUACAAACUCUUUUUUAAAUAUUAAAUCUUAUAAAAUUAUUAUAACUAAUUUAACAAUUAAUAAUCAUAAUUUAUUAAAUUAAGAAAUAUGGUAAAAGUAUUAUGAUAUAGAUAAUCAUUUGAAUUAAGUAAAUUUAAGUAGUUUAAUUAUUCAAGUACUUAAAAUAUAAAAUAUAGGAGGUGUAUUUUAAAUAACAUCAUCAUAAAUCUAUUGUUAUAACUGCAAUUUUACUAAUAUUUUGGCAUAAAGAAGUAGUAUUUUAUAAAUAAAUACUAUUAAAGAGGGAUAAAUUAAGCUAGACUAGAUUUCAAUCUCUCAAGUUUCAAAUAAUAAUAUAUCAUUAAUAACAAAUAGUUCAGGUUGCAUAAGUAUAAACUCUUAAAAUAGUUUAUUAAAUCUUGAAAUAACAAAUACAUUAUUUUAAAAUAUUAUAAAUAAAAUGGCAGCUUCUAUUUUUACAAUAUUCCCAUCACAAAUCCAAAAUAAAAUAUAACUUUAAAAUAUAAAGAUUUUGAAUUGUAUAUCUUUAAUGAAUCAAAUUUUAUAUUUGCAAUUUUCUCCUCAAAAUAUUCAAAACAACUUUUUAAUAUUGUAUAAUUUAACAAUCAUUUAAAAUGAAGAGCAAUGGAUGUAGUAUCUUUCAAAUAUAAUACCAUUUAGAGAAUCUGAGAUUGCUGAAAUAACUGGAUAAACUAAUGCUUUAAUUUAUGUUGAGAAUUGUUAAAUUUUUAUCAAUAAAUUUAUUAUAGAAGGGUUAUACAUUUCUCCAAUAAUGAAAUUCAUUAAUGUUAUUAAACUCCUUCUAUUUAAUACUUACCUAUAUAACAUUCAAUUGUUUUAUCCUUUUAAUAUUAUAGAAGUACAUUAAAAUCUAGGUAUUAAAAAUAUUAUGUCUUUCAAAUAAGUACACAUUUUCAGAUGUUAACUUCUUAAUACUAGUAAAAGCAUAUCAAAAUUUCCACUUUAAAAUUAUUAAAUUAAAGAUUGCAAAUUAUUUUUGGAGUUGCCAAUAAAUAACUAAAUCUUGUUUAAUAUUUCAUCUAUUUAAAACUAGUUUUUCAAUUUCUCAUAAGAAUCCUUGUCAAUAAUUUAAAUUAAUAGUAUUUCUGAUGAAAACUAGAUUAUAUUUUAAUAAAUUUAAAUAAAUCAGAUUGAUUGUUCAUAUUGUAAUAACGGUCUCAUUUAUUUUAGGAUAGACAAUAUCAAUUAGUUAAAAUUAUAAGAUGUCUCAUGCAUUUAAAAUUAUAUUAUAUCUUAUGGAUGCUUACUAUUUACUUAAAAAAACUAACUGAAUGUCAAUAUCAAUAUCCUUAAUUCAUAUUUUUAUAAUAAUAAAGGAAGUAUUGGAGUAGGUAUUACAGCUUUAAAUUCAUCUUUGAUAUUAACAUAAUGUAAAAUAUUAAGAAAUUAAGCUACUACAUAUGGUGGUGGUUUAUAUUUAGAUUUAAAUUAAAAUAGUUUUAUAUUUAAUUAAUCUAUUAUUUUGAAUAAUUAUGCUAAAUAUGGAGGAGGUAUUUAUCUAAACGGAGAAAAUAAUUUGAACAAAUAAAAUUUCAGAUAAACAAUAUUACUUUUUAAUAAAGCUCAGAAUUCUGGAGACAAUUUAAUAGAAAGUCCAACUCAUUUUGCUUUAUAUAUUAAUUAAAUUGAAAUGUAAUCCUAAAUUUUAUAGAUUAAUGGUACCUAAAAGAGCAUUUUAAAAAUUGACCCUUAUUUUAUAAUUGAAUAAGAAAAAUAAUUAAGUGCUGAAUAUUUGAUGCUUCCUAGUGGCUAAUAGAUAAAGGCUUAUGAAAUUAUUAUACCGAAAAGUUUGAAAACCCUAUUUUACAUUUUCGAAAUUGGAUUAUAUUUAAAAAAUAGUAGAAAUGAAUAACUUUUAGGCUUAAACCUUAUUAACUCUACUUGCAAUAUUAGUUCUGUUAUUUAAUUGAAUGAUGGCAAUGUUUGGGAAAGUAGUUAUAAAACAACCAUUGAUUUUGAUUUACAUAAGAACAAUUUUGAUUUGAGUUUUCUUUCAGUAAUUUUUGAUCCUUAUGACUAAAAAGGGAAAUAUAUGUAAAUUUGUGCAACUUGUAAAGUAGGUUAUAAAACUUUGUAUUAUCUCUUAAAUAUUAAAAGCUUGAAAUGUUAACUUGGUGAAUUUUAUAUAAACUAAGGUUGUUAAAAAUGUAUAGCUAGUUAAGGAUUUUAUUCAGUAACAUAUGAUACAAUAAAAUGUUCUAUUUUUGAUAAAAGUAAAUUUUCAUAAAUAACCUCAAACUAAAUAAAUUUACUUGAAGGAUUUUGGAGACCCCAUUAUCUGUCUGAUUAUACAAGUUUCUGUUAUAAAAAUAGCAAAUUAUGUACAGGAGGGUGGAAAUAUGGAAAUGAUUUAUGUAGUGUUGGACAUAUUGGUGCAUUAUGUGAGGAGUGUGAUCUUUAGAAUAUUAUGGGAAAUGGAAAAUAUUAUAAAAAUUAAUAUCAUUUAGAAUGUUUGAUAUGUUUAGAUUAAAUCAAUAGUUUUGCCUCAUUUAUUUUAGUUUUAUUAUGGUAUUUAAUAUUCUUAAUAAAGGGCUAUAUCUUCUAUACUAUUAACUUUAAAGAGUACAGAAAAAUCUAAUUUAAUGUUUAAAAAAUUGAAAUUUAAAGAAAGAUUCAAUAAAAUAUUGUUCAAAUUAAGUUAAGGUAAUUAUAAAUUAAAUUUAGAUCAUGAAAGCAUUCUAAUGAAAAUGUUGUUAAACUAUUUAUGGAUAUUUUCCCUUAUAUUCAAUUUUAAUUUAUAAUUUUCGAUCUCAUUUAAUUUUAUAGAUUCUGCAAGCAAUACUUCUUAUUUUAUGGUUAAUAAUUUAGAUUGCUAUUUAUCAAACAUAUACAAUAUCGAAAUGAUAUAUUCCAAAAUAUUUACUAUGUUUAUUUUCAUUUUCUUAUAAUUCUUAUUAAUUAUUUCAGGAUUUAUGAUUUAUUUAUCCCUAGUUAAGUAAUAAUUUAAUUCAAGCAUCAUAUCGAAUACUUUAUUAAUUUUAUAUAUAUUUAAUUAUGCAGGCUUAAUUAAAAUGUAAUAUUUAAAUAUUUUUAUAGGUUAUGUUCGAUUAUAUCUAAUAGAUGGAUUUCAAAUGUUAACUAUGUUUAAGGAGAUGUUUCUAUAAUCUUUGGAAAUGAAAGCCAUUUAAAGUGGAUGUUCUAUUUUGUGAUUCCAAUCCUAAUUCUAUUUGGAUGUUUAACUCCUCUUUCGCUUUUUCUAAUCAUGUAUUUUAAGAGAAAAUAAUUGGAUUCUUUAAAAUUAAGAAGACAUUUAUGUUAUCUUUUUAAUGAAUAUAACGACGACAGUUAUUUUUGGGAAUAAAUAAAAUUAGUUUAAAAGGUAAUAAUGAUACUAGUUUCAACAUAAUUUGAAACUGAACUAUCAAUCAAAGCAUAUUUAUUUGGGAUAUGUUUACUCUCUUAUUAAUGUUUAACAAUAAAAUUUCGACCAUAUAUAACAUCUCGACUUAAUCAUUUAGAUCUAUAUUCUGGAUAAAUUUGUUCUAUGUCAAUAUUCAUUGCAGCAAUCAAAUAUUUUAGUGACUAAGUUAACAAUUUAAUUUUAUCUGGAAUACUUUAAAUAAUCAUACUAAUUUUAUGUGUUAAACUCUGUCUACCUUUUAUUUAGAGUAUCUUAUAUCUCAACUACAAAAAAAAUAAAAUACCACUUUUGCACAAUAUUUAAAAAUUAUUAGAAAAACUAAGAUUAAAACAUCCCCUUAAAUGUUUGAAUAAUUAUAUUAGUAAGGAAAAUGAGAAAUAAUAAAAAUUAAAAGAUAAUUAUCUUAAAUUAAAAGUUCAUUUAUUUUCAACAUCAAAAGCUUUAUUGACUAAUAGAAAGUAAUAGCUAUUAUCAUUUUAAGAAAUCUCCUAUCCCAUACGAUUAUGUCCUCUAUAAAUGAAGGUCGAUUAUUUAGGGUUAGCGAGAACUUUGAAUUGCAUUAAUGUUUUUAAACUGAACCAAAUUGA